AUGUCCGGCCUCUACCGCGCCAUGCAACGCACUGCGCACGAGCAGCCCGUCAUCUUCUACUCGCUCGUCAUCGGGUUUGCGGGCCCCGCGCUUGUGUUCGGCGUCCCCCCCAUCCGCAAGCCCAUGGGCUGGCAGCCCGCGAACCGCGUUCCUACCACCUAUCCCCUGCCCGACCGUCCCCGCCGCCCAACGACUGGCUACGAGGACGCUUAG